AUCAACUGUCUCAUUGCCUUCAACUAUAUAUAGAGGUAGCACAAACGUGAGAAGCACUUAGAUUUUAGAAAGUCAACUGAGAAGCAGUAAUGCUGAGCUUCAAACGAAUGGCUGUGGUCUUUCAUGGAUUUCUGAUGCUGAGUCUCACACAUGCCACAACCAAACAGACGAUGAAUUGUGGCAUCAGCCUGAUAAUCCCAAAACGCUUCAACACUGUGCAGUCAGAGAUGAUGGAAGGAAAUGGCAGCAUCAACAACAGCUCGCUAUCUGCCUGGAACUGGAUUUCUCACACCAGCACCCGCAGGAUCCCCGGAGUGAUAUUUGAAGCCGAAUGUAAAUCUCAUCAAUGCACAUAUCCAAACAGCCACCAUCACAUGGAGCUGAACUCGGUGCCAAUAUAUAGCUACACAUUGGUGCUCAAGCAGUACCCAAAAAACAGGAAGUGCUUCACUGUAACGUUCCAGAGAGUCACUGUGGGCUGCACGUGUGUGUGGGCCAAUUCAUCGCCAUGAGGCCUCGGAUUCCACAUCAGACAAAUGGUUUUAACUAUUCACAAAUGAAUUGAAUAAAAUUAGAUUAAUAUUUUUUUAUUUAGACAUUGUUCCAAAGAUGGAUCAAAUAUUAAUUGUGAAAUUGUGAUUAGAUGUGUUUUGAGCUGAUUAUUUUUUCACACUGAAUGUUAAGAUAAGGUUUAAUUGGCU